UCUUGCCCCAGCUUCAGGAGGAGUUGGAGCAGCCUGGUCCCAGCCCUGUGCGUUAUCAAGUGAGCUGGUUCCAACUCCUGCUCAUGCCUGUGGUCUUGGAAAUGACCCUCCUUCUCUUCCUCUUUGGGAGUGUCUGGGUCCAAACCGUGAGCCCACAGAACAUAACUACUUCACCGAUGUCUGAAUCCGGCACGUUGUCUGAUUCUUCGACCUCAAAUAUCCAUGAGACCACAACCUCAAUGACAUCCCAUCUUACAAAGGUGGUAGACAGCACUGCACACCCGACCCUCCCACCUUCAACUUCUGAUACAGCCAAUGAGUUUUUAUCCACUCUUGGGAUUUCCACUGCUGCCAGCAGUGACCUUGCUGCAUCUAGGUUAAUAAGCUCCCAGGAGCUUAUGACCAAGAGUUCAUCGGUGCUCCCGGAAAUCUCGGAAGCAACCAGUGUGCCUGCUCACCCGGUAAUGGACUCUUCAGAAUCUCACACUGUAACUGAUACAAUCAUGGCAACUAGCUCCCUGGAGACCUCCAGUGGGACCAGCGGACCCUCUGUGACCAUGGCAACUACCUCUCUGGAGACCUCCAGUGGGACCAGCGGACCCUCUGUGACCACGGCAACUAGCUCUCUGGAGACCUCCAGUGGGACCAGCGGACCCUCUGUGACCAUGGCAACUACCUCUCUGGAGACCUCCAGUGGGACCAGGGGACUCUCUGUCACCACGGCAAUUAUCUUUCUGAAGCCCUCCAUGGGGACCGGUCGCUCCACUAUCUCUGGGGAAAAAAUAGUCACCAUAAGCAGUACAUCCUUACCCAAAUUACAUCCGGGGACAAAUGUCACCCUGCUGGUGAGUGUGCUGCUGGUGGCCCUACUGGUGAUCAUUGUCCUCCUGUGCCUACUCCUGCUAUGUGUCCGAUGGAGGAAGCAGAGGACAGGAGUCCUGACACUAAGCAGGGGUGGAAAGCGCAACGGGGCAGGAGAUGCCUGGGCUGGGCGAGCACAAGUGUCUGACGAGGAGGCCAUGAUAAAAACAGAUGGAGUGUCUAGGGGGGACAAGGGCUCUGGGGUCCCCCAGGGAGAGGGGUCCGACCAGCGGUCUACACUCACCACUUUCUUGAAUACACAGAAGUCUCAUCAGGACUCCCUGCCGUUGGAGGAUCUAAAAGCCCAGUCAGCCUCCAGCCUAAAGGGGGAGAAAGAGCCACUGAUGGGCAGAGAGGACGGGGCUGUGGAAGCCUCUGUUCCUGAUGGGCCAGAAGCGAGAGAUAUGAAGGCCCCUUAGGGCUCGAGAAUAACAAGACUCCCUAUCAUUACUUCCAAACCCAUCAUCACCCAGCAUCCUUUGGGUUUUCAUGUAGUAUCUUCACCCUGAAUCCUUAUUUGGCUUCUUAACCCUGGAUCUUCUAGCCAGCAUCCCCACCCAGCACCUAGCCCAGUGCCGACGCCCACUGAGUGCUCGUAGACUGCGUGAGCCAACAUUCUUCAUCAACCCCUACUUCUCCCAUCACAUUUUCUCCAGGUUUUUGCACUUGAGGCCAACUGCUGACUUCUGGAAUGCCAAACUUCCUUGACCUCAGAUUUCUCAGAGGAUUCCCCAGAGACACCAGAGUCUGGGGAGAAGAAGGAAAAGGCAAUGCCGCAAACUCUCGCUUAGGAUGACUCCGGAAAGUACAUCUGGCCCCACAGAUGAGGACAGUCCUACUGGGUCAGCCCACAAACCUCGUUUAACUCUGGGCCCCAGUGCUCUGUGCCGGGCCAGCCUGGAGCACAGGCUAGGUGGCAUCACCUCGCCGUGCUCUUCUGAGGGUCUGUGACAGCACCUGGACUCUAGGCUGGCCCAUGGUUCAAACCACCCCCCCCCUCACCCACCUCUAGACUGAGGCAACCCAAGGCUUCUUCUGAAAAACAGAGGUGAGAAGGGUGUCUGGGCAGGAGCAGUUCUUAGAAGUCUGAGCAUCCGCGUGGGUCCAGUCAUGCAUACGGUUUGUACGCAAAAGGCGAGGACUUGGUGAUGCUUGUGAAGGGUGGUGGCAAGUACAGAUGGUGUGAGGGAGUGGGCAGGAAGGGCUGCAGAGGCUCAGAUGCCAUCCUGGGGAGCUGCUGAGAACACAUGUGCUCUCAUCUUUGCUCACAUGGGGUGGAGGUAGGAGAUUUAACUCCGUCUGUGAUGGGCUUGAGAGAAGGGCUGCAUGUGUGACCAAGUCUGGUUCUUCAGCUCAGCCGCAACAUCCCUUCUUCACAGAACCUCCCCUUCCAACUCCAACGUGCACACGAGAGACCCGAGAGACCUGGAGUGGGUCUUGCUGAGUCUGUUACAUGUUUAAUGUGUUGACGGUAUCUCCUCUUCGGUUCUCCAAGGGGGAUCGCUGAGAGUCAUCUGUGACAGGUCCCUGGAACCAGGAGGUGGAAAGGAGGGAGGGGACAAGACCCAACUGUGCUGUCUGUCUCUGAGGUCAGCUCAGGCCAGAGCCCAGGGUGCCGCAGGGACCAGAGGCCGUUGGUAUUUCUCCAGGGCCAAGAGGAAAUUUGCAAAGAGGAAGUUGUUGAGCCAGAAGGAACAGUGGCUGAGAGCAGACACACUGACCUACAAAGAGAGACCAAGGGACACCAUGUGAGUGUGACUGCCAGGUAGCUUGGACUGGAAGGGAUGCGGGAGACAGGGAAAGGGCCUGGGUUGGUCAGUUCAUGGAGUAGGGGAGGGAUGGGGAAAAAAGGGGCCAAAAAGGGCUGAAGAUCUGCCCAGAGUUGUGCCACUUCUGCCUGGUCUGUGGGAACGGGCUGAGCUGGGGUGGAAAUCCAGCCUUCACCACCCAUGUCUGGAUGUCUUCUCCUACUUCUCAAAAUGCACUGUUUGGACCAAUCGUCGUCCCAGGACAGCAGAAGUGAGUUCCAAAAGUCCCUUUGGGACACCACAAAUGUUGUCUUAGAUUUGUCAAAACAACUGCCCCAAUUUCAGGUUUAGAAAAUAUUGUCACUGAACUCAGAGACCAUCAGCUUCACACCUCCCACUCCCACUCGACACAUGCAGUCAUUUUCUGAACCAUCAAUGAUUUCGGGGUCCUGGGCGCAUCCUGAAGGAAAUGGCAGGUGUGGGUGGCAAUGGGGGUGGGUAUUUUCUGGGCUCUUAUAGAAGGAAGCAGUAAAUAUUAUAAGGCUAAAAAGAAAGAAAAAAAGAGAAACAAGAAAGAAAUAUAAAACACCGUAAUAAGAGAGGACCAAACCUAUCAGUUAUGAAAAAGUUGUCAACUGUCUAUUAUAUUUACUACGGUUGGGAAAAAUCCUGUUUUCAAAAACUAUGUCAUGACUUUGAAAAAUGCCUACAAUAAAAUGUUAAAUGGUAAAUUUAAGUAGGGAAAAAAGCUAGUUACUUAUCUGUAAAUACAUAUGAUUCUAGUUUUGUAAUAAACAUGCAAAAACAUAGACAUUAAAGAAAACGAAAAAUUUGAUGGAGAUAUCCCAAAUAUUUACUGUGGCUCUCUGUAAGGGUAUGGGUGAUUUCUAUUUUGUUCAUACUCUUUAGUAUUUUCCGUAUUGUAUACAAUAAAUAUUGAUGACUUUCCUGAUUUCAAAAA